GGAAGGGUUUAAGUGAAAGGGGUUUUGUUUUGUUGUUCCUUUCCUUCCUCUUUGAUCAGUUUUCAUUAUCUUCUUCUGAUGCGAAAGUGAAGACUGAAGAGAAGAUAAGACAAUGCUAGCGCUACUCCAGAACUGCUCCAUGCCCCUCGCACGUGCGGUGCGGUCUCCACCUCGCACGCACGUGCGACCUUGUUUCACGGCCGUGGCCUACGCAUCCAUUUCCUCACGUGCUAACUCCCAGUCUCAGGUUCUCCUCGGCUUGUCCGAGAAGGAGCUGCAACAACUCGCCCUUGACCUCAAUCAGGAAACCUAUAGGGGCAAACAACUUCAUCAUUUUUUAUACCAGAGGAAGCUCAGAGAAAUUCAGGAUUUCACUCAAUUGCCUCAGGGAUUUAGGAAUACUCUUGAGGAAACUGGAUGGAAGGUGGGCCGGUCUCCUAUUUUCCAAACUGUAACUGCAGCUGAUGGAACUGUUAAGUUGUUGUUGAAGUUGGAGGACAAUAGAUUGGUUGAAACUGUUGGCAUUCCGGUUAUGGUUGAUAAAGGCCUGACUCGCCUCACAGCAUGUGUUUCAUCUCAGGUUGGUUGCCCUUUACGCUGCUCUUUUUGUGCCACUGGAAAAGGGGGGUUUUCAAGGAAUCUUCAGAGACAUGAAAUCAUUGAACAGGUCUUGGCCAUUGAGGAGGUCUUCAAGAAUAGGGUGACAAAUGUAGUGUUUAUGGGAAUGGGUGAACCAAUGUUAAACCUGAAGGCAGUACUUGAAGCACACCGUUGCUUGAAUAAGGAUGUACAAAUUGGGCAAAGAAUGAUAACCAUCUCCACUGUGGGCGUUCCAAAUACAAUAAAGAAACUUGCUUCUCACAAACUUCAAUCCACUCUAGCUGUGAGCCUACAUGCUCCUAACCAGAAACUUAGGGAGACAAUUGUUCCAAGUGCAAAAUCCUAUCCACUGGAUGCACUUAUGAGUGAUUGCAGAGAAUACUUUCAGCAAACUAGUAGGCGGGUUUCCUUUGAAUAUGCACUUUUAGCUGGAGUCAAUGACUCGGUAGACCAUGCAUUAGAACUUGCUGAGUUACUUCAUCGAUCGGGCAGUGGAUAUCACGUCAACUUGAUACCUUUCAAUCCAAUAGAAGGCUCUGAGUAUCAGCGUCCUUCCAAGAGAGCAGUGCUAACAUUUUCUGGUGCUUUGGAGUCCUCUAAAAUAACUGUUAGUGUACGUCAAACAAGAGGACUGGAUGCAAAUGCAGCUUGUGGUCAGCUACGGAACAAGUUCCAGAAAACUCCUUUAGUCACUGACCCUUUUGAUCUUGCAGUCACCGACACUUCUAUGCCAUACAAUAACAAUUUUGCAGUAAGCAGUUGAUGAGAGGCUUGAUGAGCCAAAGAGCAUAUAUCUAUUACCAGUUGUGAAGUGAUGAAGGUGUUUGCUGUUGCUGUAUCAGUUGUAAUAUCAACUUGUCAUCUGAGAAAUUGUGGACAGACACCUAAUUGCUUGUUGGCGAUUCUGCUGGAGCAUGCUGACCUGGGAUAUUAGUUUUGUUGGAAUCUAUGGCAUCUAUAUGGACUAAGAAACAGCUUAGAGUAGAGAGGGUUAGGCCAAAAAUAAGUGAUUAGGGGUCAAGUGGGAGAGAUUUUCUUAUGUUUUGGACCUCUUGUGCUUGGUAUAUAUUGUUGUUGCAACUAUUGAUCCCGCUUGUAAAAAUCCUACUGUUUACUCUCUGUAUAACACUACGUCAAUCAAUUAGAAAUCACGAACACAUGGUAUUUAAAGUAA